AUGAGUCCAGACGUGCGAUUUCUGAAAAGGAAUAGUCUAUCCAAUAUGAUGAGACUUGGAAAACGCGCCGACGCCCUGAAAGAACAAGAGCCAUGCGUGGACUGCAGCCUUGGCAAUCUGAUGCGACUUGGACGACGAUGA